AGGAAGAAAGGAAGGCCUGAAAAAAGGAGAAAUCUGAAAGAGGAGCGCAGGAAUUUAAAAAAAUAAUAACAAUUUUAUAACUUCAAGCUGCUUUCCAAAGGAAAAUCCUAGAGCUAAACCAAGAAAAUAAAUAAUUACAACUCAGGGACAGCUUUCUAAAAUAAAAGGCUGUCCUUUAUUUUUUUUAAAAAAGGGGAAGGGGGAGAUGAUGGAUGGUCACUCUGCCUCUCGGCCACCAAUUCCAGCCCUCUUGAUCGAUCUGUGGCACUUAGAGCCGGAGGCUUCCAAUCGAAAGUUGGUCUGUUGCUUAAUCGAGAUACUCGACGCCAUGCGCAGGAAAGACCUCCGGGGGUCUUUCCCCCUGUUGGGUUUUUUCCUCUGCCGCCGGACCCCUGACCACGCAAAGAAGGGCCAAGAGCAGAUGGAGGCAGCCUUGGAAGGUUUACAUUGCUGCGAGGUGGUGGGUGCCGAAACUUUUGCUGCGGCCUUAUACGCCGUGAAGCAGAAGUUGGACGAAAACGGCGUGGAGAAAAUCACCCUCCUCUUGUCCUGGCAGAGAAAGUCCUUGGUGAGGACGUACAUGGAGCAACUCUUCACCAAACUUUACCAGUAUGAGUUGGUAGAGCUGCCGAUGGGCUCCAAAGAACGGCUCUUGAAGAAAUCCUUGGAAUCGGGGGGCAAAGAAGGACCGGACGUAGAUCCCGAGGUGGAAAGGAUCCAGGAGGAAAUCAGGCAGUUUUUGGGAAGUCUUCCCAGCCUGGAAGGAGACCUCACCAUCCUCACAUCUUCACUGAUCCCAGAACAUGUUUUCCUGCAUGGAUUCACAACGAGAACCGGAGGCAUCUCGUAUGUCCCAACGCUGAGCUCUUUAAAUCUCUUCAGCAGUUCUAAGCGGCGAGACCCCCCAGCUGUGGUUAAGGAAAACCUUCGAAGAUUAUCCCACCAAGCUGGAUUCAACCCAGAUAUGUAUCACACCAUCAAGGUCAACCACGCCAGUGACGUCUGGGUGAUGGGGAAACCCCAACCAGAGAGCUACGAUGGGAUCGUAACUAAUGAAAGAGGCAUCACCGUUGCUGCUCCCGGCGCAGACUGCAUUCCUCUUCUCUUUGCUGACCCGGCCAAGAAAGUUUGUGGAGCUGCCCAUUCAGGCUGGCAAGGCACCUUGCUAGGGGUUUCGAUGGCUGUGGUUAACGCUAUGGUAAGGGAAUACGCUUCGGACGUCAAGGAUAUCCUCGUAGUUCUUGGGCCGUCCGUGGGGCCCUGUUGCUUUACGCUCCCCAAGGAAUCUGCAAAAGCGUUUUACAAGAUUGAUCCAUCCUGCGUAAGAAGCUUUGACUCUCCCAACCCGUACGUUGAUAUACGGAGAGCAACACGAGUCCUCCUGGAAGCUGGCGGCAUCCUACCCAGGAACAUUCAAGACGACUCCAUAACAGACCCAGAGCAAAACCUCACUCUUUGCACAUCCUGCCAUCCCGACAAGUUCUACUCACAUGUUCGGGACGGAGAAAACUUUGGCACUCAAAUUGGCUUCAUCUCUAUUAAAAACUGAAGAUUGCAUCCUAUAAACCAUGGGAACUUUGGAUGAAGGCUGGUUAACUUUCCUUAACUCUAGUGACAGUUAUAAGUUUCCAACCAUUUUUUUUUUAAACUCCUUGCAAACUACAAUUUGGGUGUGGCUAGUGAAAAGAGGGGGCAGGGGAGACAUGAUAGCAGGGUUCUAGUAUUUGAGGGGCUGCCAUAAAGAAGAGGGGGGUCAACCUAUUAUA